AUGGAAGAGCAACAAGAAUUAGAAGGUGUGGGACACUUGAUUCCAAUGAUUGAGUUUGCCCAGAGACUCUCCCGUCACCACAACCUCCAAAUCAGUUUCCUCGUACCCACCUGCGCCCCUCCCUCAGAGGCCCAAACCACCCUCCUCAGCUUCCUUCCGCCGGUAACACUCUCCGACCUUCCACCCAACGGUAAAAUGGAGUCUAUCAGCUGUGUCGCAGUUCAUCGCUCUCUCCCUUCUCUCCGCCACACCCUCCUCUCUCUCCUCCACCCACUUCUUCGGAACCGGCGCCUUCGACCUCGCCAGACAACUCAACGUUCCCCCUUACGUCUUCUUCCCUACCAACGCCAUGCCUUUGUCUUUCUACAAUGA